AUGUCGCGGCCCAGCCUUGAGCAAGUGAUUGCGAUUGUCGAUUUUAUGGAGAAACACCCUGCACUCGCUUUAGGUCAGAUGAGAGGACUUGAAAAGCGCGACGAGAGUAAAAAGCUCUGGUUCAAACUCACGAGGAUUGUCAACAAUCUCGAGGGGCCCACUCGUCCCAUGAAGUCUUGGGUGAAAUAUUGGGCUGAUAAGAAGUCGACGGUACGCUCAAAAGUACAAGCCGGUGGUGGCGAUCCGAAUAGUUUAAGUUCCAAUAUAGACAAGAAAAUAUGGGACUUGUUCUUAGCAGAUGACACACCAAGGGAUCGUAGUUCAGUGAAACUUGAGUCACAUUACACGGACGAAUCGUUUUACAAUGAAGACAACGUCGAUGGAAACCACGUGGAUUCUGAACCGGUGCUCGCGUUCGAAGAACCCGCCGUAGAUUUGGAAGAACGGCAAAUGCUUGUGAUGGAGAAAUUGGUUAAAGUAAUGGGAGAUCAAGCGAAUGCAAUGUCUCAACUAGCCCACGCUUCGCACCUUAACGCACAAGCUAUGGAAAGGCUGGCUGAAGCAUCACAAAUACAGGCUCGUGCUGUUGAAAGAUUGGUGACCUCGUUCGAAGCGAUCGGAGCCUCAACCCACGAGGUUAGAAACGCGAUUGUCGAUAUUGACUCGACGAUGAAAAGAUUUUACAGCACUUCGCCGACGUAG